AAAUGUAGAGGCCAGUAAAUGACCCAUAUAUCUUAAAUAGAUAGCUAAAGAGCCAUGGACAUAAUUCUGGCAUUAAAUGCAGGGUUACAUGUUACUAGGGUUACAGGCUUUGUUGUUGUUAGCUAGACUGCUAAUUUAGCUAACGUCGUUAGCUAUAUAACUAGCUAUCCAGAGCUAACGAGCGGUGCUGGGUUAGCAAGGCAGAUAGCGAGUUUAUCUGGACUAGUCGGCGACCAAGUUGACCAGACAAGAGUCACCGAGACGCCAAGGUUCAUCUAAAACGAGAAUCUCCUGUCAGAGGGACCACAUGGAUACGGAGAACAUGCCUCCCCUUACGAGGACAACCGAGAUGCGGAGCGUCAGAGUCGUCAGUCCCGCAGCAGGAGCACGGCUGGGAAAGGCUCCGAGGCGUCGGUACCAACUCUGAAACGGGACAAGAGUCGGGACGGAGAAAGAGAUGAGAGGGACAGCUGUGCUGGGGACCAGGCUAAGACACGGACACCGGAAGUGGAUCCCGACCGGGACCGCAUGUCAGACAGAGAGCAUCGGAGGAGCAGCUCUUUCUACUCUGAGGACUACGAGAACCUAACACCCUCGGAACACACGCUGUCGCCCUACUCCCGUACGCCCUCCCCCAGCCCUCGCAGAAAGGGACCUCGCGCCAAGACGGUCUCCAGCAGUCCUCUACACAAAACAGGCGUCCGUCGGGGUGUGUCUCGCCCUCCCCGCGUGGGUGCCCAGCCCCAGCGGGCUCAGCAUCUUGACCUGGUGACCAAGCGCAUGCUGUCGGCCCGCCUGUUGAAGAUCAACGAGUUACGCAACGCCCUGGCAGAGCUACAGCUCCACAGCGACCAGAUAACUAAGGAGAACCGCAUCCUCAGACAGCUCCAGCACCGCCAGGAGAGGGCGCUGCAGCGAUACGACGACACGGAGAGUGAGAUCGCACAGCUGCUGUCGCGCCACGCCAACGAGACCACAGCUCUGCGGGAACGUCUACGGCGGACACAGGAAGAGCGGGACGCUGAGAGGCGACUCAAAGACACACAGGAGCAGCUGCAGCGUAGCCAGUCGUCCCUGGGUCGUCUGAGGCGUCUGGCAGAACAGCAGGAGUUAGGUCCCAGGGAGGAGCUCACCAGGAGACUGGAGCAGGAGAGGGCCAAGGACCAGGAGAACCAGCUAAAGAUCAAGGAUCUGGAGCGCAGAGUGGAACUGAGCAGCAGUAGUUACCAGAGACAGCUAGCUACAGAGAGGAGGAAGACCAUCAGUACCCAGGACCAGGUCUCAGACCUGCAGGAGGAGGUGGAACGACUCAGCAACAAACUGAAGGAGAAAGAGAGGGAACUGGACACUAGGAACAUCUAUGCCAACCGCUUGUUGAAACCAUCGCCCAGGAACACAGACAACACCACAAAGAGGAAAGGCCCCAGUAUGUCCAGCUCUAAGGCAGUACAGACAGUGAACGAGAACUUGAGUCUCGACUUCCCGUCACCGCCCCCGGCCGUCACCGAGGGCAACUAUCACUACAACGACCAAGCCCCCGAUGACUACCUGUCACUCAAGCCAGGUGUCUCUAGUACACCUUACAGCUCUAGGGAGGUUGACAUAGCAGAGCGAAGGCCGAAGGAGACUGAGGAGAGAAAGGAGAGAGGGGAGCGAGAGAGGGUACAGAAGGAGGGAGAGAGGGAGAAGCAGAGGAUUGACCUGGAGUUGGACACACUUGAGGAAAAGACCAAGAGACUGAGAGAUGGCUGGGAGAAAGAGGAGGAGGAGAGUAAGAGGCUGAUCCAUAAGGAGGAAGAGAACAGGAAGAGGCGUGGCCAAGUCCAGGAAGAGGUUGCGAGGCGGAACCAAGAGGCGCUAGCCAGACAGGAAGUGGCGGAGGCAGAGCGUCGCAGGAAGGAGCAACUAUUGGCAAAGCUGAGGGAAAUUGACAAGCAGAAUGAGCCACCCCAGAACGCUGGGCUGUUCUACGAGGUUGACCCAGAACCCCUGGAGUCUAGCUCAGGUUCCACUGCACGUUCUCCUCCACGGCUCUCCGACCCACGGAACCAGAACCCUUCCAUCUUCAGCUACACUGAGCCGGAGGAGAUGGGCGGUCUGCGUGGGGGAUCGGGGGGCAAGGAGGGGGGCAAGUCAGGGCGAGGCGGGGCAGAGAGCGGUUUGGGUCCAGGAGUGGGGACUGGGAGGAGAGGGAUGAGGGCUCAGAACUCAAGCGAGGACCUGGCUUUCGGUAGCUACGCCCCGUCCUUUGGACGGCCGGCCCCACGAGGGGGUACAGGCUUCCCAACCCCACCGCCGCCCUCGGCUCUGGACGCUCUGCUGGGGCGGUCAGAGAGAGAGGAGAGAGGAGGACUAGGACCAGGCCCGGGAAAGGAGAGGAAGUCUACUUUAUUGCAGCAGCUCUUUGGCCCCCCAUCCAGCCCCUCCCCGAUCUCCGACAGCCCCCCAGACGUCCUCCUUAACCCUCCCACUUCCACCCUCACCGGGCCCCGCGACUGCAGAGAGGGCUUUUUCCCCUUUGAGCCCAGGGCCCCAACAGGCCCCCUUGGACCCUUCCUUUCCUCCCUCCACGUGACCGAGAGCAGGCCGACCGUACGAGCCGUUGCUUCCUUCGACGACGACAUCGAGGAACUCAAACUUUGAUCAAAUCACUUUUUUAUUUAACAAAAAAUAUUAUAUUUGUCUGUUGAGUAGGAACUCGCGGUCUGAUUAGUCAACGAAGGAGGAAGUGACACUUGGAUUGGCCGUUGAGGCUGUUAAUCACUAUACUAAGGGUGGGACCCGGUGGUUGGGUUUUCACAGGGUUUUAAAAGCACUAAGUCUUAUUUGUUCUGCUAUCAGAUCAAUCUCAGCCUGGUUAUGGACUGUUUUAUGUGAUAGAUCAAUGUCUCUCAGUGUGUGUGUGUCAAUACCAUGUGUGUAUGUUGCUCAGGGGAGUCUGUAAAGUCAAGGAAGAACAGCAGCAUUUUCAGACAGACUUAGGCUCCGCCUCAAAAUGGUGCCCUAAUGAAGACCGCUUUAACGUUGAAUGAUGCACAGAUGAAGCAGCUGUGAUGUUGACAGCUUUAUUAACGUUGGUUAUUGAAUUGUUGCAUCAGAGAUACAUUGUAUAUACAAAAGUAUGUGGACACCCCUUCAAAUUAGUGGAUUUCACUGUUUCAGCCACACCUGUUGCUGACAGAUGUAUAAAAUCGAGCACACAGCCAUGCAAUCUCCAUAGACAAACAUUGUCAGUAGGAAUGAUCUUACUGAAGAGCACAGUGACUUUCAACGUGGCACCGUCAUAGGAUGACACCUUUCCAACAAGUCAGUUCGUGAAAUUUCUGCCCUGCUAGAGCUGUCCCGGUCAACUGUAAGUGCUGAUAAUGUGAGGUGGAAACGUCUAGGAGCAACAACGUCUCAGCCGUGAAGUGGUAGGCCACACAAGCUCACAGAACGGGUCCGCCGAGUUGCUGAAGUGUGUAGCGCAUACAAACCGUCUGUUGCAAAACUCACUACCGAGUUCCAAAUUGCCUCUGGAAGCAAAGUCAGCACAAUAACUGUCAGUCGGGACCUUUAGGAAAUGGGUUUCCAUGGCUGAGCAGCCGCAUACAAGCCUAAUAUCACUAUGCGCAAUGCCAAGUGUCGGCUGGAGUGGUGUAAAGCUCGCCGCCAUUGGACUCUGGAGCAGUGGAAACUAAUCACGUUUCACCAUCUGGCAGCGUGACGGAUGAAUCUGGGUUUAGCAGAUGCCAGGAAAACGCUACCUGCCCCAAUGCAUACAGACAACUGUAAUGUUUGGUGGAGGAGGAAUAAUGGUCUGGGGAUGUUUUCCAUGGUUCGGGCCUCUUAGUUCCAGUGAAGGGAAAUCUUAACGCCACAACAUACAAUGACAUUCUAGAUGAUUCUGUGCUUCCAAUGUUGUGGCAACAGUUUGGGGAAGGCCCUUUCCUGUUUCAGCAUGACAGUGCCCCCGUGCACAAAGAUAGAUCUAUACAGAAAUGGUUUGUCGAGAUUUGUGUGGAAGAACUUGACUGGCCUGCACAGAGCCCUGACCUCAACCCCAUCGAACACCUUUGGGAUGAAUUGGAAUGCCGACUUUGAGCCAGGCCUAAUCAUCCAACAUCAGUCCCUGACCUCACUAAUGCUCUUGUGGUUGAAUGGAAGCAAGUCCCUGCAGCAAUGUUCCAACAUCUAGUGGAAAGCCUUCCCAGAAGAGUGGAGGCUGUUAUAGCAGCAAUGUUCCUACAUCUAGUGGAAAGCCUUCCCAGAAGAGUGGAGGCUGUUAUAGCAGCAAUGUUCCUACAUCUAGUGGAAAGCCUUCCCAGAAGAGUAGAGGCUGUUAUAGCAUCAAUGUUCCAACAUCUAGUGGAAAGCCUUCCCAGAAGAGUGGAGGCUGUUAUAGCAGCAAUGUUCCAACAUCUAGUGGAAAGUCUUCCCAGAAGAGUGGAGGCUGUUAUAGCAGCAAUGUUCCUACAUCUAGUGGAAAGCCUUCCCAGAAGAGUAGAGGCUGUUAUAGCAGCAAUGUUCCAACAUCUAGUGGAAAGCCUUCCCAGAAGAGUGGAGGCUGUUAUAGCAGCAAUGUUCCAACAUCUAGUGGAAAGCCUUCCCAGAAGAGUGGAGGCUGUUAUACCAGCAAUGUUCCAGCAUCUAGUGGAAAUCCUUCCCAGAAGAGUGGAGGCUGUUAUAGCAGGAAAGGGGGGACCAAGUCCAUAUUAAUACCCAUGAUUUUGGAAUGAGAUGUUGGACAAGCAGGUGUCCACAUACUUUUGGUCAUGUAGUGUAGCUUGAGUGUACAGCUAUUACUUUUAUUUUGAAGUGUGCAUCAAAUGGCACCUUUUUUCCAUAUUUAGUGCACUACUUUUAACCAGCCCAUCGAGCUCUGGUCUAAAGUAGUGCACUAUAUAGGGAAUAGGGCUCUGGUCUAUAGUAGUGCACUAUAUAGGGAAUAGGGCUCUGGUCUAUAGUAGUGUCCUAUAUAGGGAAUAGGGCUCUGGUCUAUAGUAGUGUACUAUAUAGGGAAUAGGGCUCUGGUCUAUAGUAGUGCACUAUAUAGGGAAUAGGGCCCUGGCCAAAGUAGUGCACUAUAUAGGGAAUAGGGCUCUGGUCUAUAGUAGUGCACUAUAUAGGGAAUAGGGCUCUGGUCUAUAGUAGUACACUAUAUAGGGAAUAGGGCUCUGGUCUUUAGUAGUGCACUAUAUAGGGAAUAGGGAUCUGGUCUAUAGUAGUGCACUAUAUAGGGAAUAGGGCUCUGGCCAAAGUAGUGCACUAUAUAGGGAAUAGGGCUCUGGUCUAUAGUAGUGCACUAUAUAGGGAAUAGGGCUCUGGUCUAUAGUAGUACACUAUAUAGGGAAUAGGGCUCUGGUCUAUAGUAGUGCACUAUAUAGGGAAUAGGGAUCUGGUCUAUACUAGUGCACUAUAUAGGGAAUAGGGAUCUGGUCUAUAGUAGUGCACUAUAUAGGGAAUAGGGCUCUGGUCUAAAGUAGUGCCCUAUAUAGGGAAUAGGGCCCUGGUCUAUAGUAGUGUACUAUAUAGGGAAUAGGGCUCUGGUCAAAGUAGUGCACUAUAUAGGGAAUAGGGCUCUGGUCUAUAGUAGUGCACUAUAUAGGGAAUAGGGCUCUGGUCUAUAGUAGUGCACUAUAUAGGGAAUAGGGCUCUGGUCUAUAGUAGUGUCCUAUAUAGGGAAUAGGGCCCUGGUCUAAAGUAGUGCACUAUAUAGGGAAUAGGGCUCUGGUCAACAGUAGUGCACUAUAUAUGGAAUAGGGCUCUGGUCUAUAGUAGUGUACUAUAUAGGGAAUAGGGCCCUGGUCUAUAGUAGUGCACUAUAUAGGGAAUAGGGCUCUGGUCUAUAGUAGUACCACUAUAUAGGGAAUAGGGCUCUGGUCUAUAGUAGUGCACUAUAUAGGGAAUAGGGCUCUGGUCUAUAGUAGUACCACUAUAUAGGGAAUAGGGCUCUGGUCUAUAGUAGUGUCCUAUAUAGGGAAUAGGGCCCUGGUCUAAAGUAGUGCACUAUAUAGGGAAUAGGGCUCUGGUCAACAGUAGUGCACUAUAUAGGGAAUAGGGCUCUGGUCUAUAGUAGUGUACUAUAUAGGGAAUAGGGCCCUGGUCUAUAGUAGUGCACUAUAUAGGGAAUAGGGCUCUGGUCUAUAGUAGUGCACUAUAUAGGGAAUAGGGCUCUGGUCUAUAGUAGUGUCCUAUAUAGGGAAUAGGGCCCUGGUCUAAAGUAGUGCACUAUAUAGGGAAUAGGGCUCUGGCCAAAGUAGUGCACUAUAUAGGGAAUAGGGCUCUGGCCAAAGUAGUGCACUAUAUAGGGAAUAGGGCUCUGGUCUAUAGUAGUGCACUAUAUAGGGAAUAGGGCUCUGGUCUAUAGUAGUACCACUAUAUAGGGAAUAGGGCUCUGGUCUAUAGUAGUGCACUAUAUAGGGAAUAGGGCUCUGGACAAAGUAGUGCACUAUAUAGGGAAUAGGGCUCUGGCCAAAGUAGUGCACUAUAUAGGGAAUAGGGCUCUGGUCUAUAGUAGUACCACUAUAUAGGGAAUAGGGCUCUGGUCUAUAGUAGUGUCCUAUAUAGGGAAUAGGGCCCUGGUCUAAAGUAGUGCACUAUAUAGGGAAUAGGGCUCUGGUCAACAGUAGUGCACUAUAUAUGGAAUAGGGCUCUGGUCUAUAGUAGUGUACUAUAUAGGGAAUAGGGCCCUGGUCUAUAGUAGUGCACUAUAUAGGGAAUAGGGCUCUGGUCUAUAGUAGUGCACUAUAUAGGGAAUAGGGCUCUGGUCUAUAGUAGUGUACAAUAUAGGGAAUAGGGCUCUGGUCUAUAGUAGUGCACUAUGUAGGGAAUAGGGCCCUGGCCAAAGUAGUGCACUAUGUAGGGAAUAGGGCUCUGGCCUAUAGUAGUGCACUAUAUAGGGAAUAGGGCUCUGGUCUAUAGUAGUACACUAUAUAGGGAAUAGGGCGCCAUUUGGGACUAGCCUGAAAGGGCCAAUGGGUACAGACCUGUUUGGCAGUUAGGUUUCAAACUUACAGUUUAGACUCUUUUAAUUAUCUCUUAACCCGCCCUGCGGAAAUCGAAUUAGCAUAGUACAAAAAUCACCAUAAAAAAAAAUGUGUCUGUUCAUGCUAGAGAUAUAUCUGGUUGAGCCGAGCUAAUAGCGGUGUUUGUCAGAUCAGGAGACAUCCUGAAAAUCGGGUCUUCUCACAAAAACCUCUGUAGGCUACAUGCUAAUAUGACCCCUCUGUGGGAAGGUGAGUCUCUCACAAACAUGUUUAUGUAUGUUGUGUUGCUCUAGGACACCCAAGGGGUUAAAUAUGUGUCAAAAAUAAAAUCGUUUCCUGAUCUUUCUUA